AUGCCUAGAAACCUCCUCUCGGAUUCUCCUGAAAUGGCAUCCGAAAUCUCUCCAAAGCACGCACUUGGGAGCAUGGAAGGGGGUGGCAGUGUGGAAAGUUGUGGCAGCCAAGCUAGGUGCAGAAGUCUUGCCUUGGAUGAUGAGAGUCUGAAGUACUUAACUCACGAAGAGCAGGAUGUUCUCAUGUUCUUUGAGGAAACCAUAGAUGCCUUAGAAGAUGACUUGGAGGAGCCGGUCCUACGUGACAGUGGCAUCCACUGUCAGUCUCCAAGGUCAACGGAAGAAAAUGUGUCCAGUCAUUCAGAGACUGAAGAUAUCAUUGACUUCGUACAGUCUACACCUGAGAGUAGCGACCACGAAGGCCCUCCUAGCAGAGAUGCAGAAUCAGUGUUGGAUGCUACCACUGAGAGCCCUAAGCCAGCUGUACCUGCUGACCUUCCCCCACAUCCCCCUGUACCACCACCAUCGAUGUCUGAGACGCUUCCUCCUCCUCCUCCGCCCCCUCCUCCAGUGCAGCAUCCAAAAUUGCUUCGCUCUGUCCCCACUCCGCUCAUCAUGGCCCAGAAGAUGUCUGAGCAGCAGAUGGAGAGCAGGGUGCGCUUCCCCACUGCCCUCAAGGAAGGGAAUUCAGACAGGAAGAAAACCCCAGUAGCCAACGGUGAUUAUUUUGCAGCUCCGAAGCACCCUCCUGCACCUGCACCCAAACUGCACCGGUUCCCGAGCAACAUCAACAUAACAAAUGUCAGUGGCAAAGAAUUCAAUGAGACUAUUUCAAAAGCAGCAGUUAACGUCCAGGAGCGGAGAGCUCAGGUGCUGGCCAACAUAAAUGGAGGAGCUUUUCUGGCAGCUGAACUGGAGGAGAAGCUGCAGAAAAACGAUUUCUUGUCACGUAACAGAAGUUCUUCCUUAAGGGAUCUCUCCUCUGAGCAAACACGAUACGAGGCCCUGACAAAACUUGGCCUAGUUAAGGGAAAGCCAGCUCAGGACCAAGUGGACCAUGCCUCCAGUACUCAGCAGCCUGAUGCACAGCCCAAAAAGGCAGACACUGUUCCCAAUGGAUAUCAAAACACCCACGAUAUUUUAAAAAGCAAGCCCAGCCCUUUCCUUCCUAUGGGCAAAACUGUAACAAUCAAGCCAGAGGUAGCUCUUGCUGCUAACAAGGUCAGCAGCGCACAGCAGAAUGCAGCAAAAAGCGUUAAUGAUUAUAAACAACCUAGUCUAAACCCGGAUAUGAGGAGGAGAUCGGGUUCACUGCCUAGACCUUCAGGAUUUCGAUCCCAAGGGAUAACGGUAAAGUUUUCUGGCCGUGGCUCAACAGAAGAAGCUAGGAGAGAGGCACUUCGGAAACUGGGACUACUGAAAGAGACUGCAUAA